CUCUUUUGAUUUUCGAUUGCGACUGUUAAAUUUCACCAUUUCCUCAGGCGACAAGUGUUCCCUUUUGUUUUUCUAUUUGUCUAUGCUUUCUGCGUGUGACUCAUUGCCAAAACAAAGCUUGCUUCUGUGAUCAUCGUGUCUUCAAUGAGAUAAACCUUGGCUUUCACGAAUUUCAUCGAGAAAUAUUUUUUGUUGAUCGUUACUUCCAGAAGGAAUCAGAAGAGGACUCAUUGAGUUCUUAAGCUCGACGGCGGAGUUUUAUCAGUGCAUCAAGUUGUCAGUUAAAGUCCAGUUAAUGUUUCAGAGAAACCAAAGAGGUUAUGGUCCUAGAUGUGUCAACUUUGUUAUCGCUUUAUGUGAAUCGAAACAUCUGGCUGCACUGAAACGUGACAUGGUGGGUGGGAACGAGCGGCCGUGCUAUGCAUACUUGGCGCAAUUUCAGGCUGAGCUGCCGGGUGUUUUGGCUUGCUCAUAUGUGCUACAAGUCCAUAGUGUCACUACUAGCCACUAUAAGGCUGACAAAGUUGACACACACACCGCUCCCUUCUUUUUUUCUUUUUUGUUUUAAGUGUUUGUGCUUCAUAUUGACUUCUAUCUGGCAAAUUCAAACUGUGCAAUUAUGGCUAACCCAUUAGUUUAUAUAUUUAAUAGAGUUGAGGUCACGGGGUUGCAGUUAUCUGAAUUUGGAAAGCCUUGACAUCUCCCUUGCUUCGUGUCUGUUUCCAGUUUGGUUACUUUUAUGAUUAUCUUGAAGCUUCUUUGAUGUGCGUGCAUAAGUGUUGGUACAAGAGUCUAGAUGUUUUAUCUCAAUCCAGAACUGAAGCAAAGUCAGACUGAAUAAUAGGUUCGGUUCAGUUUUCAAGUUCAUUACAAGCUUAGUUGGCUAGUGCGUUUUAACGGUUGCAUAUCUUCCUUCUAGGUUUGAGUCCUUCUUCCCAACCGAUUUAUUACUCAACGCAUCGUAUUAAGCAUCUCAUUAUAUACUUUCGUCUAAAAGAGAAAAAAGAAAGUAUCUUAUUAUAUUCUUUGCUACAUUCCCCCCCUCCCCGGUUUCCUUCAAGUCCUUAUCAUGAUACUUCACCUGAUGAGCAGAGGGAUUCUGUUUUCUUUAUUUCUAUUAAGCCAGUCAAAGAAAACUUGUAAUACUUCAUCUGCCAUACAAAAAAUUAUUUAAGUAUUUUGGGUUCAGCACUUAACCAACAUGCCUGUAGUACCCACAUCAAAUAUGUUUGCCUGUCUCUUUAUGCUUGGUUAGUUUUGUACUUGGAUUUGAAGCAUGGAGACCGGAACAGUCCGCAACAUGGGCGCCGUUGCACUGAGAAAUCUAAAAUUCCAUUUGAAUUGAUGUUUGUAACAGAUUUAAUGAGGGUUUUUGCCGUGCAUUGGACACAAACGAUGCUUUUUUUUUUUUUUUUGGGGGGGGGGGGCGCUUUGCUAGAUGUCUACAUUUUCAUUACGUAAAACAAGGUGGAAGUUAUCGUGGGGACGAUCCCUUCCUGGCCUUAGUGGUGUAUGAAGGUGGGGUCACUCUAGAAGGCAGAAGCUUCACUAUUGUGAUAUAAUCUGUUAUGGUCAUAACCUGUAUUCAGUUUGUUCUGUUUGCAGUGAAGCAAAAUAGCAGUCCGACAUCACAGGUUCUGACCAUGAAUGCUUUCCCCUUCUAGAUUUCUUGUGGGGACGUAUUUUAAUUUCUUGUUUGCUCUAGUUCCAUCUAGUUACAGCUUAUGGAAUUGAUUUACAGGGAGUAUGUGUGUUCCAAAGACAUGUUUUUUAGAAUUUGUAAAACAACAAACUCGAUUGCUCCUUGCCUUCGUCGUGCAUUGUUUGUACUUAGACUGGCCAGUAGGUAUAUAUUCAUUAUCUUACUCUUUUUUCGCUCUGAGUUAUACUUAUGUGAACAGAAUUGCAUUUCUUCAGGCUCAUCGGAUUCUCAAUUGGGCUUUCAUUCAUAAAUUCCGCGGCUUGUGGAUUAUUCCAACUUGAAUAUGAGCAAUUCAUACCCUGAAGAUCACGAAGAAGUAACUGUUGCGGGAUUUGAAGUUCCGAAGUCUCCCGGUUCCAGUUAUAACAGCGUGUAUCCUUUAAAUGAAGAUGACGCUCGUGAUCCCCCCACUGUACCUCCGCAUUUGCAGCAUACCUUGCUCAAUUGUCCUGCUAGUAGAAGCAAUUCAGAGACUCUUCCACUGCCUCAUGACGUGAUUCUCAAUCAUCUUUAUAUUGAGAACCGAGAGGCUCCAAGAUCUGUGGUGGCAUUAGGACUUACUCAUCGCUUCCGAUCAAAAUAUGUUACUGUUGUGCUUUACAAACCAGUCCAAAGAGGCAGUACUACAAGCGUGUAAUUUCCAUAUGAAAAACUUUCUUCCUUUGAACAGUUCGCCAGGAUUCGGCUGAAAGAUCAGAUUUGUAUAGGAAAUUAUAUAUUUAUUGCUCGCACUCUAAUUUCUGUUAACUAUGCAUGUUCCUUUUAAUGUUA